AUGACAGACAGAAAGGGGCAACUAACCGACUUGCAUUCUGUCCAACAGGGAGGCCAACCCACCAAGCGCUUCCAAGACUUGGGCGGUUUUGUCUGUAACCAGUGUAAGCUCAAAGUGUAUUCCAUUUCGGGGCGCACCACAGUCGAGACCGUCUGUACCUGCAAUGCCCCUUCUGUGCUCAGCCAUAGAAUCUACGAAGACUUCUGCUACGUGCCAGGAACCGACCGGUGCAAUCCUAGCCCAUGCAAGAACGGAGGCACAUGCUAUGCACUCGCAGACUUUAAUGGUGUCAACGGCGCCUUCGAAUGUGUCUGCCCGAGCAACUUCCAGGGGAGCACGUGCGAACUUCCAAAUCCGGGUCCUAACCCUACGCCCAAGAAUGGAACCCCACCGCCUACUCCGCCUCCCACCCCCCCUCCUACCAUCGGGCCGAUCACUGGGGACCAAGGCCUGUCUGGCAAACAGGGGGACGCGGCUGCCUUCCCGCAGAGGUGCUGGUUCAACAACGACCCCCGGGGCCGAUACGUGUGCUGUGACGCCCAAGGCUGCGAUGGAUUCAACGCCGACAACCUCACCCCCCACUGCAGGAACUUCGGAUACGUGCCUCCGAACUUCGGCGAGAAUGGAGCGCCGCCCCCGCCUCCUACAACUGACCAGGGGGUUUGCGGAAAGACGGGCGCCGAACCUUUCCCUACCCGUUGCUGGUUCAACAACGACCCCUUGGGGCGAUACGUCUGCUGCGAUAACCAGGGUUGCGACGGGUUCAACGCCGAUAACCUAACCCCGCGCUGCAAGAACUUUGGAUACGUGCCCCCAAACCAAGUUUUGCCUCCCGGGCCCACACCUACGUCUGGUGGACCGCAAGGAGUGUGCGGCUCAGGAGCCGCGUCAGCCUUCCCGAUCCGCUGUUGGUACAACAACGAUCCGCAGGGACGCUACGUUUGUUGCGACAAUGACGGCUGUGACGGCUUCAACCCCCCGGGGAACUUCUUUCCCCGGUGCAAGUCCAACGGAUUCGUGCCUCCCAACCUUUAG